AUGGCCACUAGGAAGAAAGAAAGAUAUCAUACAACAGGAAAAGGAAACAAAAUUGAUUUUUAUCUUAAUUUAGAUGAAUUUGAAAAUAUAAAGAGCAUAACAAAUAAUAAUGAAAAAAAGAAUGAUGAGAAAUUUUCAAGCAGUACAUAUAAGUCAUAUAGUGAUAAUGAUAAUAAUGGAGUAUCAUUAUAUUCAAAAAAAAAUAUGUUAUUUAAUGAAGACAAUAUAAAUGUAGGCAGAAAUAAUUAUAAUAAGACUUCUGAAAAACAUGAAGAAAGAUCGAAUAAUAGGCCCAUGAUACAAUUGAACAAAAUAAUGAGUGAAGAGGAUAAUACAUAUUAUAAAGGUACAUGUUGUAAAUUUAAUGAUAAUAAAGGAAAAAAGAAAAUAGAUAAAGAUAAAGAUAAUCAUAAUAUUUAUAAUAAGAAAAAUGAUGUAGUAAAGGAAUAUAAUUUGGAUGAACUGUGGACAUAUUUAAAUCAUGUACACAAUGCAGAAGAUAGUAGAUUGAAAUAUAAAAUUAAUGAAAUUAUGGAAAGAAAAAAUUCUUUAAAUAAUCAUAAUAAUAAUAAUAAAGAAGAAGAUAAUGAUUAUACGGAAAAGAUAAAUAAUGUAAAUACUACAUAUAAUAUGAAUAAUAAAAAAAGAAAUCAUAUAAAUAAAAAGAAUAACGAUAUAUCGUAUAAAAAUAAUUUUAAUGAUAAGAAUUAUUUUAAUUAUGAAGAAUAUAAAUAUAUAGUAAAAUAUAUAUUACCAUCUAUUGAUGAUAAAAAACUAAAAUAUUCUUGGUCUAUAUUAAAAGAGAAUAUACAACCUCAAAAUGAACAAUUGAAUCAUAAAGAUAUAUUCAAAUUUAUAAAUGAAAAAACAGGAAAUGAAGAAAGUAAUUAUGUGAAUAAGAUAGUUUGUAGUAAGUUAAAAAAUAAAAUGUUAAAAUAUAAUUUCAAUCCUUCAGAUGUUCAAUUAAAAACCAUAAAUUAUAUUGACACUAUCAGAUCAAGGGCUUGUGAAUUUUCAAAACAUUUUAAAGAUCUUAUAACAGAUAAUGAGUUGACCGAAUUAUUUAAAGAAAAGGAAAAAAUUAAAAAAGAUGAUUUAGAAAAAGAAAUUGUACAUAUAAUAAAUGAAAGAUUAAAAGAUGAAAAUAUGGUAUAUGUUCAGAAGAAAGAGGAAACAAAUAAAAAUAAACAUAAAAAUGAUGACAAUAUGUUAUUAUCCAUUUCGGUUUACAAUAAUAUGAAAAGAAAAAAAGAAGGGCUAACAGAUUUUAACAUAAAGGCAUAUAUAUCAACCUUAUUAACAAAUAAAAAUGAUGAAGUAUAUGUAAAAGAUUUUAUAAACAAUCUUCAAGUUGAUUAUGAUUUAAUUAGUAAUGAAAAUAUAAAUGUAAAAGAUGCAUAUGAUUUUUAUUCCAGAAAUAUCCCACCAACUGAAAAUAUUAAUAAUAUAAAUAAUAAUAUGGAUGAAUUAAAUAAGGAUGAAAUAGAAAGGGCAAAAUUUUUAAUAGAAGAAAUUGAUUAUUCAGUGAGAAAUAAUUUCAAAUCUCAUUAUAUAAAUACAAAUAAUAAUCAUAAAAAUAUAAAAUUGAAAAUAUUAAAUGAUAACGAAAAAUCUUAUUUAUCUUUAUAUGAAAUAUUUAAACAUUUAGAUAAUGAUAAAGACAGUUAUAUAACUAAAGAUGAUUUAAUCAAAAGUGUUAAUAAAUUGAAAUUAAAAAAUAUAACUAAUAAUGAUAUUAAUAUACUUAUGAAAUAUAUGGAUAAUGAAAAAAAAGGAUAUAUAAAUGUAAAUGAUUUUUUAAAAAAUUAUGAAAUGGAAGAAAAAUCUAUGUUAAAUUGGAUUAAAAAUACAAACAAGCCAUAUUUUGAUUUUGUAUCUAAUUUAAAAAAUAAAUCACAUGAAAGAUCUAUUAGCGAAAAAAUUAAAUAUAAUAAAAAUGCUUCUAUAGCUAAAAAAUAUAAUGAUGUUAUAAAUAAUUAUAAUUUAGAGUUAGAUCCACAUUGUCCUUCAUAUGUUAUAAGAGAAAGAAUUAGAGAAAAUUUUAUUGCUAAAAAAGAAGAUUUUAUAAAUAAACAUAAAAAAGCAUCAAGGUUUCAUUUAACAAAUUAUAAAAAUACAAACAAUUUAAUUGAACCUCUGACCAAUUCAGAUCUAUAUAUGAAUGAUAAGUUAAGGUUCAAAACUACAUACAAUAUGAAUUAUAAUUAA